AUGCUCUCGGAAAAAGACAAAUUACUAGAAGUCAUCAGCGAAGAACUAGAUGCCUUCACGUCCGACUCCCGCAAUGACUAUCUUGAAGCCGCCAAAAAACUUGGCGUCACGGCGAAAGUGGACGAGGCAGUAGUGAUUAUCGGAAAUGAGCCUGCGCCAAAGUACGUGGCUCUGUGCACCGAACUAUUACAAAAGUACAAAGUGGUGUUGCUAGCGGCGAGCGGCAGAAACUUGCAGAAAUUGGUUGGGGUGGCAGAGCAAAUCAAACACGCUUCCAACUCUCAGAUUUCCCAGUUCAACAAAGUCUCCACCCAGCCGUCUUUGAUCAACCCAGCUUACAGGGCCGAGCAGAGCAUGAAAAAUGUCCAGGUUUUUUUCGGCGACGACACCGCCAGCCAAAGCGACACGCCGUCUCAAAGCGACUCUGCCAGCGCUGCGCUACGGGAGAUUAGGGGCCACAAGGUCUACGACGUGCCGUGUCUAAGAAUAAUCUUGGCCCAAAACACCGAUAUUCCAGCCAAUGGGCUCAGCGGGUGGAGUCUUCAGAAAAGCUAG